AUGCAGCCACUCCAAGAAAUCGAGCCAGAUUUCUACAUCUCAUACUUUUAUGACACAGAUGCUACUCAUAAAUCCACUACAGAGCAAGAAUUGACCAAGUUGGUGGAUAGAUUAUACGACAAUGGGUUUGCGGCAACUAUCCGUCCUGGAGACGCAAACCACUUGCUCAUUUUCAUUAAACUCUCUUCGGACUCAUACAUUGAGCAAGCCGAAAAGGAUUUGAUGAAAAAUUACGAGUUUGGUGUGACCUCAAAGGAUGACACAUUGAGUGCUAGAUUUAGAAUUAUCCAUCACUACUUAACAAGCUCCGUCGAGCUUGGAGGAGUCGGUAUAACUCCGGCUGAAGGUAUCUGGAAAAAUGUUAUUGAUAUCGUCCCCGUGACUGAUGCAUUUAAUGACACACAGCUCAUUGAAGAAUUGAAAAUAAACUUUUCUAGAACCGAGCUCUCGACAAACAAAAUUAAAAAAGUUUAUGGUAUUCAAAUUGCCUUGUAUUUUGAGUUUUUGAAAUACUACAUCUAUUGGUUGGCUGGUUUAUCAGUUGUUGGUAUUUUCCAAUACUUGAAAAAGACGAGAAGCUUUUCAUUGACUUAUACUUUUAUAAACUUGAUUUGGGGAACAUUAUUUCUUGCAUUUUGGCACAGAAGAGAACAAUAUUUAACCAAUUUGUGGGGUGUUCAAAACUGCCAUGAGAUUGAAGACCACUUGGCCGAAUUAGCCCAAAUUAACAAGAAUUUUGAGAAAAAGUCCUCUUAUACACACAAGUCCAAUAAUGGAGGCUAUAGAUUUGUCAAGGAGUUGUUGUUUAUUCCCAUUGCGUUGGUGUUUGUUGCCGUUUUGAUUAGUUAUCAAUUGGGCUGUUUCUUCAUUGAGAUAUUCUUGACGGAUAUUUACGAUGGCCCCGGAAAAUCUCUUUUGACCUUGUUGCCAACAGUGUUGAUUGUCGUGUUUGUCCCUAUUCUUACCAUCAUCUACAAUGCAGUCACCGAUAUUGUGAUCAAGUUUGAAGGCCACGACAACCAAUACACAAAGAACAACUCUAUCUUGGUAAAGCAAUUUAUUUUAAACUUUUUGACAAGCUACGUCCCAUUGAUCAUUACAUCAUUCUUGUACUUGCCAUUUGCACAUUUGAUUGGACCCCAUUUGGGAGAUUUACAAUUGACCAUUUCGUCUUAUGUCGGGGAAAAUAGAUUUUACAGCAAGUAUCUCACAAAAUUGAAGUCACAAAGAGAUUUCCAAAUCAAUCAAGGCAGACUAAAUGCUCAAUUUUUUUACUUUAUUGUAACUAACCAGGUUAUUCAAAUUGUUUUAAAAUAUGUUUUGCCUUUGAUAAUAACCAAAGUCACCAAUAUUAUUCAAACAAAAGUUCAAAAGAAGCCUCAAUUGAAGGUGGAUAACGAUAAUCCAUACGAAUCUAUUUGGCUACACAAUGUCAGAGCAUCAUUGAAUUUGCCAGUUUAUAAUGUUGAUGAUGAUUUUAGAGGCUUGAUUUUGCAGUAUGGAUACUUGAUUAUGUUUGGUCCUGUGUGGCCUUUGGCUCCAUUGGUGUCGCUUAUUUUUGAUGUUGUUAUUUUCAAAUUGGACAAUUUCAAGUUAUUAAGCGGCAGAUACUUUAAGCCACCAUUGCCAAAGAGAGUCGACUCAACACAUCCAUGGAAUUUGGCCUUGUUUUUGCUCACAUGGUUAGGGUCAGUGAUCUCACCUGUUGUCACUGCCUUCUAUCGUCAUGGUACUGCACCUCCUAAAUCCAUGGGUCAAUUGACAUUUGACAAUGCUAGUGUCCAUUUGUCAUCCUCGGUUUUCUUGGUAUUGUUGAUGUUUUUCUCAGAGCACGGCUUUUUGAUAUUGAGCUACGUCCUUUUCAAGUUUUCAAACUUGUUCAAGAGUCAAGUUGAAUGGGAAAAUGAUUUUGUUGAAAACGAUAUGAAAUUGAGACGCGAUCAUUAUUCAAAUCACGUAAAACCAACCAUAAAGGUUCGCGAGUGUCCAGAUUGGAAAAACUUUACACCAGAGGGAACCAUGGAUUUCCAACCACCAGUUGUUGUUACUGAUGCUGGCGAAGUACACGAACCUGAAAAGAUUCCUACAAAAAAGCUGGGAUACACAACGUCUUCACAACACUACACCGAAACAACUGUUACCUCACGCUCUGAACAAGCAAGACUUAUUGCCGAGAAAGAAAAACUUUUGAAAGAAAGACAAGCUGAAUUGAAAAGAUUGGAACAGGAUCACAAGAUUGGUGCCAAGUAUGAUAAAGCUUCCACAUCUGAUGCCAAUACUGCUUCUGUUGCUGCAUUGGAAAGAGAUAAGGAAGAAGGAGAUACCGUUAUUCAGGCAAAAUCAGGCCCCAAUGGCGAAAUAAAGCCUAGUACAAUUGAUAGCAAUAAACACAUCAAUGACGAUCCUUUUGGUGCCUCCGUCUUGCCACCACCUGCGCCAAACGAUAAGUCUGCAGAAGUUGAUACCAACAAGUUUUCUACUCAGGACUCAAAGACUGCCCAUGCAGCAGCUGCUGCACCUCAAGCUGGUGGGUUAACAACCACUGCUGGUAAAGGGCCAGAUGAUAAGACUACAAGUGUUGAAGGGGCUGAUCAGCAAAAACCUAAACCUUCUGGUUCAUCAUCUGCACAGUCCGAAGCAUCUAACGAUUCUCUGUCCGAGUCCAGACUGGGAACAUCAUCUAAGCAAUCAGGUAAUCAGGGCGGAUUGAAGAAGAUUGUGAAUGGUGCGGAAAAAGAGGUCAAGUCUACAAGAAGUGGAAUCAAAAAGUUAUUUAAAAAGACUUGA